AUGAAUAUCUCUAUUUUUUUUUUUUUGUUUUUGUAUAGUGGUAGUAUAUGUGCUAUUCAUUUAUGGAGACAUUCGGAAUGGAGAGGACGGAAUGUGUUAGGUGGUGGGAAAUGUAGGAAUAAUGAUAAUAUGUUAUGGUUAGAUUUAAUAAAAAAAAAUAAAAAAGUAAAUAAAAAAAAAAAUAAAAAUAAUAAUAAUAAUAUUAUUAGUAGUAGUUGUUGUUGUUGUUGUUGUUGUUGUAUAUAUAAUGAUAAGUACUGUUUCCUUUUUGUGAAUAAGAAGAUAGAUAAUAAUUAUAAGAGGAUAAAAAAGAAAGAGAAGCAUAAUUGUAAGAAAAGAUUAAAGAGUUUAAAUAACGAAGGUGGUUUUUCUAAUACAUAUCAUAAUGAUGUAAAAAAAAAUACAUUAGAUUAUUGUGAAGAAAGAUUACCAUCAUAUCAUAGAUAUAUAGAUAAUUUAAAAACUCGUAAAAUUAUUCAUCCAAGUAUAAGAAUCCGAAAUUUAGAUAAGAAGUUUAUGAAAUGUAAAGAAAGUUAUAAUAAAUUAUAUUCUCAUUUAAAAGAAAAUGAUUUGUUUGAAAAUUUUUCAUAUGUUGGUAGACAAAAAAAAGGAAUAUUAUCUCCUACAUAUCGUUUACCUAAAUAUAUUGAGAGACCUAAUUAUCAUAAGACAGGUAUUCCAAUAUAUGUACCAUAUGAUAAGGAAAAAAAAAAUAAUAAAACCAAUAGUGAUCAUAAUAAUAAAUAUGAUCAUUACAAUUGUAAUUAUGAUUACAAUUAUUAUGAUAAUAUAAAGAGUGAUAAAGAUAUCCAAAUUAUUAAAGAAAAUUGUAAAUUUGCUAGAGAACUAAUGGAUGAUGUAUCUUAUAUAAUAUGUGAAGGGAUAACAACAAAUGACAUAGAUAUAUAUAUUUUAAACAAAUGUAUUAAUAAUGGAUUUUAUCCAUCACCUUUAAAUUAUCAUAAUUUUCCAAAAAGUUCUUGUAUUUCCAUUAACGAAAUUUUAUGUCAUGGUAUACCAGAUAAUAAUUUACUAUAUUUAAACGAUGUUGUUAAAAUAGAUAUUAGUUUAUUUAGGAAUGGAUAUCAUGCAGAUAUGUGUGAGAGUUUUAUUGUACCCAAAUUAAGUAAAAACGAAAAAAAAAAAAGAAAAAAAUUUUAUGAUUUUAUUUAUUUAAAUAAUUCAUUCAAAACAAAAUAUACCAAAUAUAUUUUAAAAUAUCAUUAUGAUUUAACAAAAAAUAAAGUUGUCAGAAGAGGAAAAUCAUUUGUCACAAAAAAAAUUAAAUAUGCUGCUCCAAACUCAAAAGAACAAAAUGAUGAUCUAUGUAAUAACGACUUUGAUGAUAACACAACAAAUGUAAUGAACACAUCUCAAAAAUAUUGUUUUAAUGAUAUCUAUGAAGAUAAAAUACCAUCACAUACAAAUAUGCAUACAAAUAUGCAUACAAAUACACAGACCCAUACAAAUAUGCAUACCCAUACCCAUAAUAGGAACAAUUCUUAUUAUCCAAAUAAUCAAAUGCACAAUAAUGAAAAGAAUACAUUUAAUAUGUCGAAUAAUGUUUUGCAACAAGAAGACGAUGAGCUUGAAUAUUUCCAUAAAUAUUAUGACCAAAAAAUCAUUUUUAAUAAAGAAAAUAAUGAAAUUUAUGAAGACAUCCAGAAAUUUAUAUAUCAAAAAAGUUUAAAUAAAACAAUUGGAAAAAAAAGAUUCGAUUUUUUCGAUAAUACAAAAAUGAGUACAAAUGAUAUCAAAAAUUUCAUGUAUCAAAAAAAUUUGGAUUUAAUAAAAACAGCAUAUGAAUGUACAAUGGCAGGAAUUAGUGUAUGUAAAGAUGGAACACCUUUUAACAAAAUAGCAGAAGCUAUGGAUAAUUAUAUUAAACAAGUAAAUAAAAAAAAUAAUAAAACAUAUUCUAUAGUACCACAUUUAUGUGGUCAUAAUAUAGGAAAAAAUUUUCAUGAAGAACCAUAUAUUAUACAUACAUUAAAUAAUGAUCAAAGAAAAAUGUGUUCAAAUAUGGUAUUUACAAUAGAACCAAUCAUAUCAGAAUCUUCUACCAAUUUUAUUCUUUGGCCAGAUAACUGGACUAUCUCAAAUACAAAAUAUCAUUUUUCUGCUCAAUUCGAACAUACUAUUUUAAUACAAAAAAACGGAGCACAAAUUCUAACAGACAAAAGAGAUAUAUCUCCAAAAUAUUUGUGGCAGCAAAUAAAUUAA